AUGGAAAUUGAGUCUCAUCUCACUGAGUUCCUUCAGGGGAUCAAAACUGGCGAAUUUCACGGGUUAACGACGGCACAAAUGACCGUAAUCGACAAGCUGCAGACAAAGACGAUUCAAGAAGAGAGGAAGCUUUGUUCAAAAUUGGCUAGCUUGCAAGAAGACAUAGUCGACCAGCCAUUAGCCAGCAAGAUGAUGAAAGAUCAUGAGAAUGCAGAUGAAGAUUUUGAUAAGCAUAGCCACAAUAUGGCAACAGUAAUGGAAGAAGCUGAUAAGUUGAGGAUGAAGACACUGAAGCAAAUUGUGAGCAUACUUAUACCGGCUCAGGCGGUGGAAUACUUAGCAGCAGCCAAGAAGAUUAGGCUUUCUUUGAAACAAUGGGGAAAGAAGAGGGAUCACGAGCAUAACAACUAA